AUGCCCUCCUCAAGGCUGGAUUGGCUGGAUCUCGAGAAAACCCGCUCGUCUCAGGUUUAUGCUGCAGAUUUGGAGAUUGAUAGCAGUGAUGAAUCUGGUGACUUGGGGUUCUCUAAGUGGACUCAAAGUAUCCUGGGUAAACCAGCAAAGCAAGAAGUUACUGGAAGGAAGCUGGUAAUCAAAUGGCAUGCUACAACCAAGGGCACACUUCGAAGAAACUACAGAGUCCGAUCAAAGUCUGAGGGAAAGCGUCUUCUUAAAGCUGUUGCAUCUCUAUUGUCCGAUGAUGAUCACUUCACUGAUGCCACCUCUCACAAGGGUUGUCAAAUUAGGAGGGAAAGUGCUCAUGGAGAGAGUGUGUGUUGCAACAAUGUGAGAGCUCUUUUUGAUGAGCUUCCAACUCCACACCUGAUUGUAGAAAUCACUCCUUUCCCUUCAGGAUCUCUCACUGAGAAGGAUUACACUAAAGCAGAGAAGCUUGAGAAGGUUCUCAGAUCCAGUCCUUCUGUGUGAGCCAUCUUAAUUUGGUGGUUCAUGCAUAUUCCUGUACAUAUUCAGGGCUAACUUGUAUAUACUUAUGAUGAACAUAAGCUUUGGACAAUUUUCAACUCAACGCUGCACUGAUUGAGUUGGACCUGGAAAAUAAUCUGAUAUCAGUUUUUUUUUUACUUUCA